UCUUGGAGAAGAUAUACCAUCGCUUUAAGCGGCCCAUGAUGCAACUUUUGACACUAGAGAUCCUUGCUUUGUAAUAGUUUAAGAGCCAAAUGCCACCUGAUAAGCAUGGGUUUGUAGAUGCUAAUAUAUAUAUUACGGUGCAAUUGAUCGAGUGACAGACACCACCUUCAAAGCCACUACUGUCGUCCCACUCUACUUUAGUUUUGUCCAUAUUGCCUUGCUUUGCUCAAAGGUGCUGAAUCACCGUGUCCUUCAUGGCCCAGCCAAAAAGUCUAUAGAAGAGCCACUCCUUUGAUCGGUGGCAACUCCAAGCGCUUGGAGAUCAGCCAUCUGGCUUUCACCAUGAAAGUUCCUCCUUUCCCACUUCACCUCCUCCAUCUCCUGCCGGUUGCUGCUGCGCUUGCAUUUGCAGGAUCUGAAGCUGCCAAGGUUCCGGCGAUCUACGUCUUCGGUGACUCGACAGCCGACGUCGGCAACAACAACUACUUGCCGGGGAGCAACGCCAAGGCCAACUUCCCCCACAACGGCGUCGACUUCCCUUUCUCGAGGCCCACAGGGAGGUUCAGCAAUGGCUACAAUGGUAUUGACUUCUUAGCCAACCAUAUGGGCUUCAGGAGGAGCCCUCCACCAUUCCUCUCCCUUACAAAUAAGACCAAUCACCAAAUCUUGAGAGGACUAAAAGGUGUAAAUUUUGCUUCGGGAGGAUCAGGAAUUCUGGACUCGACUGGAAGCACCAUUACCAUGACAAAGCAAAUUCAAUAUUUCUCUACGAUACGAUCGAAUAUUGUGGCACAAAUUGCUUCUGAGCCUACGUAUCGUUUGCUGUCUAAAUCUAUCUUCCUUAUCAGCAGCGGUGGCAAUGACAUAUUUGCCUAUUUUACGAAAAACAGCUCUCCGAAUGCUACCGAGAAAGUUCGAUUUAUUGGUGCUCUUGUCUCAGAGUAUGAGAACCAUCUAAAGGCAUUGUAUGUUCUCGGAGCAAGGAAAUUUGGGAUAGUUGAUGUCCCACCGAUCGGAUGCUGCCCAUAUCCAAGAAGCCUAAAUCCUACAGGGGGCUGCCUGGACAUCUUGAAUGAAAUGUCUGUGGGGUUCAACGAAGCUGUGAAGUUGCUGAUGCACAGACUUAGCUCAACAUUGAAAGGGAUGAAGUACUCUGUUGGAAGUUCUUAUGCGGUGGUGUCUGGCAUAAUAAGAAACCCUGCAGCACUUGGUUACAAGGAGAUCAAAACUGCAUGCUGUGGAGCAGGAAAAUUUAAUGGCGAAUCAGGAUGCACCCCAAAUGCUACCUACUGCUCCGAACGCCAUCGUUACCUGUUCUGGGACCUCUUGCAUCCAACACAUGCAACAUCCAAGCUCGCAGGAGUGGCCAUCUACUAUGGAUCUCAACGAUUUGCCAGUCCAAUCAAUUUUAGGCAGUUGGUGGUGGAUGUGAAUCUUCUUGCCCGGUGCGCCAAAGGCCAACUUCCUUAUGGAAUCGACUAUCCCGGUAGAACUCCGACCGGCAGGUUCACCAAUGGCUUCAACUCCGUCGACUACGUAGCCCAAGCCAUGGGGCUUGCGACGAGCCCCCCACCGUUCCUCGCUGCCUCCAGCGUCGUGCAGAUGACGAAAGGCGUGAAUUUUGCGUCGGCCGGAGCAGGAAUCCUCGACAGCACAGGCCGAGGUGUCAUCUCCAUGUCGGCACAGAUCAGGGAUUUCGAGAGGGUUGGUGCGGAGCUAAGAGCGAGAAUGGGAAACCAGACCGCUUCCGCCUUCUUGGCCGAGUCUCUCUUCUUCUUCAGGGUAGGGAGCAAUGACCUCUUUCUCCAGUCUUCCUCCGGCCGUCCCAAGGAUCAAAUCGUCGCCACCGUCAUCAGCAAGUUCAGAGAUCAACUCAAGACACUAUACGAUCUCGGAGCGCGCAAGUUUGCAGUCAUAGGAACGGGAUUGAUCGGAUGUACGCCGGACCGUAGGAGCUCGACUCCUUCAGGGGACUGCAACGGGGAUCUAAAUGAUCUCUCUCUGCGCUUCAAAACUGCGACCAAGGCUCUGCUGGAGGAGCUCAGCAUCUCUUUACAGGGAUUCAAGUACUCCUUUGGGGAUCUGUACGAGAUUACUGCUCGAGUCUUCUCCAACCCCCUCGCCUUCGGGUUCACGGAGGUGAAAGCUGCAUGCUGCUCGCCAUGCACGGCGAGCUCCACAUACUGCAGAGACCGCGGGCAGUACUUCUUCUGGGAUGGCGUUCACUCCACCCAAGCCGCAUACAAAGUGACAGUUGAAAUGUCAUUUCGGGGGACGCCAUUGUUUGCCAGCCCCAUCAACAUGGAGACGUUGGUGAACACAACUUGAGCAAUGGGAUGCAUAUUGCAGAGUGCUCUGCAUGAUCUGAACACAAUCAUGGCUUCUGAAUCGUACUCUUCUUUCAAUAAAAGGAUCCUAAAUUGCUUAUCUGUGAA